GAAGUACUUCAGCGCUACCCCGCUGCAUGUGCUUCUCGUGGUGCCUCUUGGGUCGAUCAGCCUGCUUUUCAUCUACUGGUUCUUCGACAUUAUCCGUGAGCACAUCUCCCAGAUGGAUGAUGGCGAGAAGGACGAAUACGAAGAGAAGUGGGACGAGGAGACUGAGGAAGCCGAGAACGACGUGGCGGGGCUGUCCAUGUCCUUCCUCACCGUGCAGGCGCUGCGCUUCUGGAUCAGCGGCAUUCUGCCGAACCAAGAGGGUAUCGAGCCAUGGGAACAGGCCAUCUCCCACACCACCAGGCAAUGCCAUUGGCUGAUGGGCAGCGGACUGGUCUUCUUUGUGCUCUCUUUGGCGGUGCUGAAUGCCGAGCGCUUUGUCCAUGAGCCCUCGGAGCGAGUGGAAAGGAUGAUCGAGAUCAUGAACAACUAUUUCACCUUCGGCCUGGCUUGGUGUCUCUUCUACGGGGUGCGGUGGGCGAUCAGCGCUACACACUUUACCCAGGAGAACGCCCUGCUGAUGGUGGCCAUCGCCUUGUUCUUGUCCGCGGUGUCCUUCCUCUUCAUCUUCGUCUUGGACAAGGUGGAGGACAACCACCUCUUCGGCGAAGACUCGGAGAUCGCGGAGGGGGCCACGGAGAAGAUGAUCACCGGCUUGGGGAUCCUCAUCGGCUUCUCCUGGGAGCAGUCCUUCGAUACCGCGGUGGACGUGGUCUCGGAAGGGCUUCGAGCAGAUUGCCCGCCGACAAUCUCCAAAAUGAUCAUGUCGAUUUGCCUGGUGCUCAUCGUCUUCCCCGCCUGGCGGAUUUUCAUCUUGCCCAUCGAGAAAGAGCUCUCCGAGGAAACCACCGAGGCGGGCGCGCAAAAGGCGGUCUUGAAGCAAUACGCCCAGCAGCACUUCGAACUUUUCCUGCAGCACGGAACUGAUGAGGGCGACUUGGACCGUGCGCACCUGCUGAUGAAGAGCCACCGUCGGAAGGCUCAUGGGUUGCCGGGCCCAGCGCGCAACCCUGCGCUCAAGCAUCUUAUGGUCACCGCCUCGGGCAUCCAAGAGGUGGACGCGCCGGAGGAGCACACCAAGGACAAGAACAAGAAGAAGAAGAGCGUCUCUCACAAAGCCGACCUCUCUGUGAGCCUGUUGGGUUGAGCCCAUGGUUCUGCGAAGCAAUCCUCGGCUGAAUCACUUGG